GUGUGACACAAUUUUUAAGAAAAAAUUGAAUUGUGUGGUUGAUAUUGAAUUGAUAAAGUGUAAAUAAAGUAAGAAUGAAUUGUAACCACCCAAAUAUUUCCAAAUAUGGUAUGAGACAAACUUAAUGGAACAGACGAAAAAGGUAAAACGGGACAAAGUUAGGGGGACGGAGGAGUAACUUGCAUACCCCGUAUAUAAAAAGUGUAAAACUGUAUAUGAAAGUGUACAAAUAUACUUUUGCAAAUUUAAUAAUGAACGUUCAAUUAAUCCUAAUUUUCAAAUCUGUCAUUACUCCCUGUAACGGAAGGCGGUGACAUUGUGAUCAUCAGCAUCAUCAUUUUCACUUUAUGAAAAAACAAUGGGCAGCACUAUGAAGGGAGCGAAAAAGCCGAUCAAUGCCGCGAAGGCGUGGCUGAAGGCGCAACCGCCCAAGAUGAAGGCUUUUCUGGUUUUUACAGCUGCCUUCUCCGCCAUUGUUUUCCUCCGCCUCGUCGUCGAAGACCACGACAACCUCUUCAUCGCCGCCGAGGCUGUCCACGCCAUCGGCAUUUCCCUCCUCAUUUAUAAACUCACCAAGGGCAAAACUUGUGCCGGACUUUCACUGAAAUCACAAGAUCUCACGGCUAUGUUUUUAGCUGUAAGACUUUACUGCAGUGUUGUCAUGGAGUAUGACAUACAUACUCUGCUUGACUUGGCUACGUUGGCAACAACUGUAUGGGUCAUUUAUACCAUCCGCUUUAAGUUAAAUUCCAGUUUCAUGGAUGAUAAAGAUACUCUUUCAAUAUACUAUUUGGUUAUACCUUGUGCUGUACUGGCUCUGGUUAUCCAUCCAUCCACAAACCAUCACAUAUUCAACCGUAUUUGUUGGGCUUUUUGUGUGUAUAUGGAAGCUGUUUCAGUUCUCCCCCAGCUACAUGUCAUGCAGAACACAAAGGUUAUUGAACCAUUCACUGCGAAUUAUGUUUUCGCUCUGGGAAUUUCAAGGUUCCUAAGCUGUGCACAUUGGAUUCUCCAGAUGAUAGAUUCUCGGGGAAGCUUGUUAACAGCUUUGGGUUAUGGAUUGUGGCCACCAAUGGUCAUCCUUUCUGAGAUUGUCCAAACUUUUAUUCUGGCCGAUUUCUGCUACUAUUAUGUCCAAUGCCUUUUUGGCGGGAAUCUAGUGAUGCGCCUUCCAUCUGGAGUAGUCUAACAAACUCAUCUAAGUUUUGUCAAGUUGGGAGGGAACUCUUUUUGCCUCUCAAUAAAAGUAGUCUACCUGAGAAUACAAACAUCCUGCUUGGCAUCAAAGUGGGUGUAAUUUGGGUUUUGCAGUUUGAUUUGUUGAAUCCCAUUUCUUACUCAAUAGGUACAUAUAUUUUGAUGGUGUCUACUGUCUAGCAUGCCACAAUAGGGUCAUUUCUUCGUUUCGCAGUUUAGGGUUUUGUGAUAGUUAGAACAAAAAAACUCUUAUCAGAUUGUUUGCAACAUUUGCUCGUUUAGCUAAUUUAGCUGAUUAAGUCAAAUGACUAAUGUGAAUGUAUUAUGUCUCAGCUA